GAAAAAGCUGCGGCAGCUGCCGUGUUUUGGCCUGCUGGGCUCCAAAACGCAGGUCUGCGUCAUCUGAGACAAGCACAGUACUCACAGCUUGCAGGCCGCAGCGCAGCGCAGCAAACCCAGCAGUGUAGCAGUGACAUACAUCACCUCAUGCUCCUCCGCCUGACAGCUCGCCACGCGAGCCGCACCGCUGCGCGACACGCCGGCGCAGCGCGCACGCUCGCCUCCAAGGAGGGCCCCGAGGUCACGCCGGCGCAAAAGGUGGGCCUCUCCGACGAGCUGGAGCAGCGCGCGAGCCGGCGCUGGGCCGAGCUCGCGACGGAGCACCGCAAGAUCCCCGCCGACGAUGCUGUAAGAAGGAAGCGCUUGAUCUACCGGUCGAAGCAGCGCGGCUGGCUCGAGGUCGAUUUGUUAUUAGGCAGCUGGGCCGCGGAGAACGUCGCGACCCUUUCCAAAGAGGACUGCGACGCCUACGAGCACAUUUUAAAUUGCGAGACGAUCGACAUCUUCAACUUCAUCACGGGCAAGGACCCCGUGCCGCCGCGCCUGGACACGCCGGUCAUGAAGCGGCUCCAGGACUACUGCGCGUCGGCGCCGCUCGGGACGGACCCCGGGGCCUACGCCGCCGCGAAGGCCGACGCGAACCUGACGUAGCUUGCGGAUGCGCCGGCGGCGCGCUUGUGUAAUACUGGUUGAUAGUG